AUGCGAUGUAUGCCAGGCCUUCACGCCCCCAACGCCAUGCCAGUGGGUGUGUCGCGCGGCGGUUGUGGUGGUGGUGGUGGUGGCGGCGGUUGUGGUGUUGAUGUUGAUGAUGUUGUUGUUGUUAUCAUCGCGGGUGCAGUGGUGGCGAGUUGUAGAAGGAGUAGUACAGAGCUCCUGGUCCAGCUGGUGCAAGACGAAUUAUUAUGGAAUAAUAAGAAGCGUCUCCGCUCGGCGAACUCUUCUUUGGAUCCCGAAACUCAAUUCUUCCUUUUCUCUUGA